AUGCCUGGCACUUACAUCCAGUUGCUUGACAAGACACUAUCAACCGAAGAACAAGAAUGUGCGAUCCAUGCUGUAGCACGACAGUGUGCUAGGUGGUACAUGGAACCUGUUGCUACGGCACACAGUCACGAGGCCUUGUUCCGUGCACUUGCGUCUCAGCCGCGAUAUGCAGAUGUGCUUGCAACCUUGUAUGAGUGGGUGUCGGCAUCUCCACGAGCUCUUGAGCACAGCCUGGAGCCACGUCCGAUAGAUGCGCACUCCUUGGCGUAUCCGACGCUAGAUUUGUACUUGUUGCCGCGCGCUAUUGCCGCGUUGUCUUCGCUUUGUGCACAUGCCCAGGAUGAAGAUGCGUUGGAUGCCGCAGAUCUUGAUGUGGUUCAGGAAGCUAUGGGCGCCACGAUGCGCCUCGUCGGCACAAUUUUACAUUUAUGUCUUGCAUCUUCGCACCAACAAACACAUGCAAGGUUCAUUUUGUAUGAUGCACUUCGCUGCGGUGCGCGUGGCCUUGUGGCGCGUGCGUGUGUAUCGAGAGACUCUGUUGCAAAAAUCGUGUCGGUGGAUGCAAGCAACGGUCUUUAUGACGCGAGUGGCCUAUUCCGCAUGACUCUGUGUGAGAAUGAUCCAGUGCCGGAACCAUUUGCUCUACGUCCGAGUGGACGGACUGGCACUUCGAGCACCGUCGGCGGCAGUGCGGAUGUGAUGCAUCUUGCCUCGGGGACGGCCGCCGACGCAUGGACAGAAUCAGAUGCAGCUGUGUUUUCAGUUACUAUGCAUGAGCACCUGGCGACCCGGACUUGUGAGUGCCUGGUGCUUUUGUGUACACGAAUAGCGUCGGAACUUGGCGCCGUGUUUCCAUUCUUGAUGCGUGAUCUUGCUGAGCUAGGCACACAUGUGAUACUUGCGAUGCAAGCGCGCUCAUCACGCUGGACGCACAUGCAUUACGACGCUGUUCUGGCAUCUCUUCCACUCCUAUCAUCUACCACGAGUUUCUAUCCCAUGGCGCGCAUGUGUUUUGCGUCUUUUGCGCAUGCAUCCGACAUGGAUGAGCGCGUAUGUGCAAAGCUAACAGAGGCUUUCCGUCUCAUCUACCAGCAAUUGAGCCGACUGCGUUGCGAAUAUGGAGGCUGCACGCUGCCGCCAGAGACGGACAGUCUCAUGGGUGAUCCGCGCUCCAUGCUGUCGACGCUGCUUGCUCGCGCGUCUGUUCUUCCACGUGGCUCUCUUCGUGAAUGCUGCGUCGCCUACCUAUGUACAGUUUUUGCGCUUCUCGAUGAGGAUGUCUUGACGGACGAGCAAUGGCAGUGCGUAGACGAUAUGGAUGAGGACGCAUGGCGAGAGGAAUGCGAACGACUGCAUUCCACCGAUGCCCGCAGCGCGAGUCCCUCUCUCCACACAUCGCUGCCAGAUCAGCGCGCUACGUCCGUGUCGAUGUCGCCGCCCCCGACGAAGCGUGCUCGGAUGGAAACGCAUCAGCAUGUCGAUGCCCGCACAGCUGCAUCAUGUGCGACGUAUCCGUGUGCCAUAUGUGAUGCAGUUCAGUUCGAUCCCGCGGCGCUGACAACUGCCGCAAGGGAUCUCGCGCACUCAUCAGCCCCGCUCGAGCUUGACGAGUUGCGCCACGCGCGCCUGUCCAAUCCAACGCAGGCGUUGCAUGUGUUGGAUGUCCUUCUGCGCUUCUUCGUACAUGCAACAGAUGAUGCAAUACUGUCGUGUGACACGACAUGGGUAGUCAAAACACUCCGGUGUACGACAACACACAUUCACCGCGGCGUGCGCAUUCGGACAGGACGGGUCCUCUAUGUGUAUGUGCUGAGGAGUGCCUGUUUUGGGCGGGCACACCGCUCAGCUGAACAAGUAGCUGGGCUCGUGUCGAUCGCGACGCAUGAAGCAACGGCUACAACGGACCACAAGGUGCAAGAGACAAGUAUCUUGGCACUUGCGCACCUGGGCUGCAUCCAUGACGAAACAUGCUUUGCGCUCGUAAUUCAAGCGCUCAUUCGUGCUUUGUACACGCCCCACAUUUACAUCCGGGCGCUCGUGGUUACUGAGACGAUUCAGCUUGCUGUGCACCGCCGCUGCACGACAUUCCAGCUGCUCGCUCAGCAGCUGGACACCGUAUGCCGUGUCGUUGCAGCGCAGUCAACGCGCAGCAUGAUGCCUGCCCUCGCCGAGAUUGCGCGUCUCGUGGGCAUGCAUGUGCCGACAUUUCUACAGACGACGCUCGCAUUUACGCUGCCGCUUUUGCUGGAACGCAUGGCGGCCGGUCACAACUCGGCUCUUGGCGAUGCAGAAGCCUUGGCGGCGGCUGUCGGUCGCUCCGUGCCGGCGAUGUGCCUCGCGCAUGUAUCUGAUGUAUUCAAGCACGCGUUUCUGAAGCCGCCUGCCCUGCGUGAUGCGAGUCUGCAUGCCUUCCUCUCGCUCCUCGGCUCACGGCGGGUGACAGUUGCCAAUCUGCUGCGCAGUCGACUGCAUGACGUGCUGGGGUGGCUCGUCGUACAUCUCGGCGCGGAAGCACAUGCGAACCAGGCAUACGAAGCGCUCGAAUUCGUUCGUGCGACUGUUGCAUCCGGCGGCAAGUGGCGUGGGAUGGACUUGACGAUGUUCCUGCAAGAAGAAGUGCUGGCAAUUCUCACGUGGAUUAACGAUGAACUCGGCGGCUUGCAUGGUAAGCUCCGUACAGAACGACGUGUAAUGGCCGUGCGUAGCAUUGGUGCGCUUGUGCAAAGGAUUGGCGCAGUUGCCGCGCGCGUAGCGCCACAGGUGCUCGCGAGUCUUACCAGCACACUGCAUGAUCCGUCCUUAUCGGAACCGACGCUCGAGAGUUGGCUCAAUGUCGUUCAGGCGCUACGCGGGGCGGAUCUCGGCGUGCUGGUCGGUCCCACGGCGGCGGCCUUGUUGUCCGUCUGGUCCCGUCUUGAUGUAGGUGAGCGCCGUAUAGCGGCCGAGGUUCUGAGGUUCGCCAUUCUCGAGCGCACGACUGACGUUGUCUAUCUGAACGAUGUGCCGAGUCUUGAUGCCAUUGCCGACGAUGUCCCCGACGUUGCACAGCGCGUUCGUGCGACGCGUCAGACAUGGAACGACGAGGCGCAGCUUGCACACAUUCUUGAGCGUGUUUCGAAUGACAGUGCGGCGAUCUGUGUACAGUCAUUGCAUGAGUUGCGUGUGUUUUUACGUGAGCGGCGUGCUUGCAUUGAGGCAUGGACGACGGGCAAUGUGUUUCACUCACUUGUUGGGCGCUGUGUUCGGGUCCUCAUGGCUGUGGCCGCCCGCAGCGAGCUGAGCGAUGCGGUGCCCGUGCUGUGCUUGGAGUGCCUCGGCUUGUUGGGCGCCGUUGACCCCGAUCGACUCGACAUGCCGGCCGAUGAGCCGAUCUUGGUCCUGCUGUCGGACUUUGACAAUGCCGACGAGACAAUCGCAUUUGCGCAGCGCACCCUCGUGGAUGUCGUGGCUCCUGCUUUCCGUGCCACGCAUGAUACGAAGCACCAGGCAGCACUGGCGUAUGCGAUUCAGGAAUUGCUCAAGUUCUGCCAGUUCACACCUGCCCUCCUUGACGCAUCUGCCCCCAGUCGAGUGCCGGAGAAGGUGUGUCGGCGCUGGGCAAGUUUGCCAGAGACUCUGCUUCCGACGCUUCUGCCGCUCCUGAACUCGCGGUAUGUCGUCCAGCUCGCUGAGCCGCGCGCUCGCGAUACGCCGCUGUAUGCACAUUCGACAUCGUAUCGAGACUGGAUCCAAGCAUGGACUCUGGCGCUUAUCCGGUCCGCCCGCCCGGGCGAUGCCGCGACCCUGUUUGGCAUGUUUAGCUCGGUUGUGCGUGAUCACGACGUUGGUAUCGCACAAUACCUGCUGCCGCAUCUUGUAUUGCACGUGCUCAUCUCCGGCACACACGAGCAGCGACACGCGAUUCUGAUGGAGCUUGUGGCUGUGCUGGCCGACCAGGCGCAGCCGGCCUUGGGAUACGACACUGAGCGGCGCCGACUCACGGCGCAGACGCUCUUCACAGUGCUCGACCAUGUGGGCCAAUGGAUGCGUCGCAUGCGGCUUGUUCCGCCGCGCGCUGCGAAGCGCAGUCGCUGGCGAGAUGCUUUGACUGGCGUCCAGGCUGUGAUGGACGAGCUGUCGCCCGACUUGCUCGCUCAAGCAUCUCUGCAGUGCGACGCUUAUGCACGUGCGCUCCUGCACUUUGAGUAUCGCAUCCGUGCAAUGCGACAUGCGCAGCAGCCGGAGAUGCUGCAGCCGUACUACGAGACGAUGCACGAGAUCUAUGCGAGUCUUGAUGAUCCCGACGGUAUGGAAGGCAUCUCGACGAAAGUGCUCUCACCGUCACUCGAGCAUCAAAUCCGCGAGCAUGAAAGCACAGGCCGCUGGACAGACGCCCAGAGUUGCUGGGAAGUUGAGUUGCAGCAAAGGCCCGACGAUAUGCGGCUGCACAUCGGCCUCCUGCGCUGCCUGCGAAAUCUCGGCCAUUAUGAUACGCUUCGGACACAUAUUCGAGGGGUGCUUGCGGUGCACCCCACGUGGCAGCCACAGCUCGCACCCUUUCAAAUUGAGGGUGCAUGCAUUUUGGCUGAUUGGGAUGCUGUGCGUGAAUUGGUACGUCAGUCGCACACAGUGCCUGAGCUUGGCAUGGCGCGCGCGCUUAUUGCCAUGCGCGAUCAUGACGAGGACGCCUUCCGAACGGCCGUGUCCGACGCGCGAUACCAGCUGGGGCGUCGGAUCCUAAGUCCCGCCCGUGUAUCGUACUCGCAUGCGUACGAUGCUGUGAUGCGUCUGCACAUGCUAUGCGAGCUGGAGCUCAUUUUCCAUGGUCGUGAUGAUGCACACUUGGGGACGAGCUUGGACGCCCGAUUCGCCGCGACACUGCCGUCCUUCCGCACUCGCGAGCCCGUGCUUAGUCUGCGCCGCUCUGCGUUCCAUGCGUGCCGGGCGCCAGCGUCCGACCUCGGCUCGUGUUGGAUCCUUAGUGCCAAGACCGCACGCAAGGCGGGUCACACGCAGUCCGCAUACAGUGCGAUUCUGCAGGCGAUGCAGAGUGGCGCGCCGUAUGCGUUCGUUCAGAAGGCCAAACUAUUGGCACAUGGCGAUCAAGUACAGGCAGCUCUGCAGACCUUGAACAAUGCACUGCAAUGCAUGGACGAUGGCAACGCGAAUGAUCAUCGUGCCCAACCUGACCAUGACCGCCGUGCUCUUGCACAAGCCCAUUUACUGCGUGCUCGUCUGGUGGAAGAGACGGCACGAUUCCAGCAAAAUGAUAUUAUCCAGCACUACAAGACUUGCACGAGUCUCGAUCCUGACUCGGAGAAAAUCUGGUACUACUUGGGCCACUUUUACGAUGCGCCAGGCGGUGGCGCCAUUGGAAACCAGAUGCUUCUGCAGCUAAGUGUGUGUCGCUUCUACAUGAAGUCUGCUCAGCACGGCACCAAGUUUCUAUACCGCACCCUGCCUCGCAUGCUGACAAUCUGGCUCGACGCGGGGAACGAGCUGAUUGAGUCAGCGAGUGGCGCCAGCACCAAAGCGAACGCUUCUUUCGCGAGCAGCGGGUCGCGUUCCGACGAAGAUGCUCGCCAAGCCCAGCAGCAGUUCGACAAGAUCAACGAAAUGAUGCUCAAGUCUGUGCGGCACCUAGCUCGAUAUCAAUGGUUCGCUGUCUUGCCGCAGCUCGUCGCGCGCAUUGUUCACAAGAAUGAGGCUGUGUGGCAGGUCCUGCUUGAGAUUAUCGUGGCAGUGGUGGUGGCGUAUCCACAACAGGGCGUGUGGGCGAUCCUUGCCGGCUCACAUUCGAAGGACAAACGGCGCAAGCAGCGGUAUGAAUGCAUCGUAGAACGGAUCUCGUCCGUCGCUGAGCGUGCGUACCGCGAUGUGGUCCCCGUGAUUGAGGCAGCCGAGCGUGUGUCGACUGAAUUGCUACACUUGUGUGAUUUUCACGUGCAUCGCGAGACGUCGCUGAGCAUGCAGCAGCACUUCCCCGCUCUCGUGGCAGCCAUGGACAUGACGCCCCUGAUCCUCCCAGUGCAGUCAUCAGUGAAUGUGAUUCUCCCGCCGAACAACCAAGUAAGCCAGACACACCGGCCGUUCCCAAGUCAAGUUCCCAUGAUCAUCGGCUUCGACGACACGAUUGAGAUUAUGCACUCGCUGCAAAAGCCACGCAAGAUCAUUAUCCAUGCGUCCGAUGGCCACAGAUAUCCGUUCCUAUGCAAGCCCCGUGACGACCUGCGGAAAGAUGCCCGUCUCAUGGAAUUUGACUCGAUGAUCAACAAGUUACUGCAAAGCAAUUCAGAAUCCCGUCGUCGUCGCUUGUACAUCCGCACCUAUGCGGUUAUUAUUCUAAACGAGGAGUGUGGACUCAUAGAGUGGGUGCCCAAUACUGUCGCAUUCCGACAAAUCCUCACGAAACACUACGCUUCCAUGGACAUUCCAAUGUACACACCUGAUCUUAAAAAAAUCCUUGAUGAGGCACGCUUAUCACCCAAGCACGGCGCAGCGAUUUUCGAACAGCAAAUCCUGCCCCGCUAUCCUCCCGUGUUCCAUGCAUGGUUUCUCGAGACAUUUCCCGAGCCGAGCGCUUGGUUCAAGGCUCGGUCCGCGUAUGCACGCACAGCCGCUGUCAUGUCGAUUGUCGGCUUUGUCCUUGGUCUAGGCGAUCGACAUGGUGAUAAUAUCCUCUUUGAUGCUGGUUCUGGUGAUACUGUGCAUGUGGACCUGAACUGCUUGUUCGAAAAAGGCAUGACGUUUGUGAUUCCUGAGCGUGUGCCCUUCCGACUCACGCACAACAUGGUCGAUGCUUUGGGCGUCGCUGGUGUGGAAGGCGCUUUUCGCAAAACUGCUGAUAUCACUAUGAGCAUUCUGUGCGACAACAAAGACUCCCUUAUGAGUGUGCUGCAGGCUAUGGUCCACGAUCCAUUAGGUGAAUGGGUCGCGACAGAACGUCGUGCGCGCCACAAGCACGGUGAUAAACAAGGCUCUAGUGCCGGUGCAAGUGCUGGUGCAAGACGUGCGCUAAAAUCGGUGUCUGACAAGCUCGAUGGCCGUCUUCGGCGUCCAGGUCUCUCCGACGAGGUUCGCCACACGACGAAGAAUCUAGUGCAUAUGCUUAUUUGCGAUGCUACAAGUGCUCAGAAUCUGAGUCAAAUGUACGUAGGUUGGGCACCUUAUUUGUGA